CCGCCCGCCAACAACUACGGCACCCCCAACAAGGAGAGCGGCGAGCUGCUGUCCGAGGAGGUCGUCAUCCCGCCCAACACCCGCGUGGAGCUCCGCGACGACCGCAACCAGUACUCCCACGGCUUCUCCGACGACAAGGGCACCCAGGUGUCCGAGCAGGGCCGCCUCAUCACCACCAACGGCGGCUGGGAGUACGUCCUGGCCAAGAGCGGCUCCUACUCGUACAUCAGCCCCGAGGGCAUCCCCAUCACCGUGGAGUACAUCGCCGACGAGAACGGCUUCCGCGCCAAGGGCAGCCACAUCCCCGGCCAGUGAGCGCCUCCCCUCCCCACCACUAAUUUAUUUCCAGGCCGAACCAUCAUGGCCGACGCGACCGCGGCCCCUCCGACGUCCAGACCCCUGUACAUAGUGAUAAGGCUAACUUAAUGUUGUGUAUAUAUAAAA